AUGUCCACAUACUCUUACGUGUCCCUCAACUACUAUAAACCCAGUCACAACAUACAGCCUGGAACAAAGCAGGUAAUUCUGUUUGUGAUGGCGAUGACCAAGUUCUCUGCAAUGUUUGUGGUCUUUGAAGAACAGUUUGAAGGCACAUCAGAGCAAACUAGCUAGAUUGGAUCCAUCAUGUCAUUACUUCAUUUUUCUGCAAGGGCUCAGGCAGCCAUUAUCUGUGACAUACUUGGAGAGAAAAUCGCCUCCAUUGUUGGGAUUUUCUUUGUUACUGUCAUCAGCAGCUGGGCUGCAAGCAUUCCCUUUGUAGUAAACACUGGGGUCCUGAUAUUAUCUGGAGCUGUUGCAUUUAAUGUGGUGCCUUCUAGUAUGCACUUAAGACCCAUACAUAUCAAAAGUAAAAACAAUUCUGAUACUGAGGGUAACAGUUUGUCCCAAGUGGCCCAGCAGAACUGUAAGAGAAAAACAUACUGUGAUAAAUGUCAUGAAUUAACCAUCAAGGACAGACCCACACAUACUGGACAAUCCAGGAAGUUAACAGUCUCACCAAAUCAAAGCGAAGAGUUCAACAAUGAGCUUCAGAGGAAUAGACUGCUGCUAGUAAGUAAUGAGAAAAUCAUGAGAAAACGUAUCUCAUGCAGGUGCAAACAGACACUCCUUGAUGUGCUCUUUGGGAACCCUUUCUUCUUUAUAUUGACCUGGUCUUUCUCAGUCAGCCACCUAUUUCAUCCCUACCUUAACCAGGAAGCCAGAGCCAAAACACUGGAGAUUGCUAUCAUGAAUGCCUCUGACCACAUUGCUGAAGCUGAAAAGAAGUACCACCAGCACAAGUCUUACCUUAUCAUUAGAAGCAUCAAUAACCUGUUUGCUCCUCUAGCCACAUCGUUUUCACUACUUACAGCCUACAUCAUCUUCUUUGCCAUUUUCACUGUUGGUAACUUGGCAAUACUUCAUGUACUGGUGAGUGGAUACAAUGAUGUUAACACAGGCAAAGAUGUCUAG